GAACCGGUGACCUUCGAGGACAUCGCUGUCUAUCUGAGCCGCGCAGAGUGGGACAUCAUUGCGGCGGGGCAGAGGGAGCUGUACCACAGUGUCAUGCUGGACAACUACAAGCUCCUGACAUCCCUGGGUUACCCAGGCCCCAAACCUGACAUUUUAUACCGGAUGGAGCGUGGGGAGGAGCCGUGGGUCUGCACACCACAGAGCUCAGUGAGGGGGGAUGGACCCAACAGCCCCUCUCCAGGACACAAUGGGGACAUGAGCUGGCUGGAGGAGCCUCCCUCAGGCUGGUGGCCUGGUGCUGGCGGGCGCCGUCUGCUGGAAGAGAGGACGCAGACCCCCUGUCUGGGAGGACGGUGCAUGCAGUGGCGUCUCCGGUCUAGAAUGCUGCUGAACAAGUUCAAGUGUUUUGGGGGUAGGAGCGACUUGCCAUCAGAGGUGGCCAGUAGAGGAGUGGGGCCAGUGGAAAGCCAAGACCGGGCACAGACGGUCUUCUGCCCUGGGAAAGAAAGAGAAGUAGAGGAUAAACAAGGGGUGACAGCAAACAUAACCCAAAGCAGAAGAUUUCCACUUCAUCCAGUGAUGGAACAGCAGAACGAAAAGGCAGGUCCUCAGGAGCGUCUGUGUGGUGACCCUAGGGAGAGGUUUCAAAGGAGUGGCCAAAAAAGUCGAUGCACUUCGGGAGAAGUGACGUUUGUCCAGGGAAAUAGGGAACUGUCUAUCGAGGAGCUGAAUGAGAUUAUUUUGAAAGACCACUGUUACUGUGUGAUGAGUGAUGCACAACUCUUGCGUUGCACCCCACAUCCAUGUCCUCUGAGAGAACACGACUACUGCAGGAACCGCAAGAUUGGUGUCGCAGCACUUAAGGACCACGAAUAUUGUCAUGUGCAAAGGAUUCGUUACCAGGGCAGAGUUAAUAAAAUUGUUUGGCUUACUGGUAAGGCUCGGUCCGUGCUUCACAGGCUGGCAAAGCGAAAAUCUCCGAUAGGGCGAAUCAUCAGGAAAGCCAAGCGAAUCAUGUGGAAUUACAAGCCUUGUGUCAACAAGAGGUUGGAGUUUUCUCAGGGUUCCUCUAGCACCGGCAGUCUUUCUGAACCCGCUGUCCCUCCUGCUAAGGCAGAAGACGACCCCACAGAGGGAACGUGUGGGGCAUUUUGUUCUCCUGCAAAGCAGGAGGCUGUGUCCCCCCAGUCUCAGAGCAAGCGGAGCUCCCAAAGGGAGACGUCGGAAGCACUCAGUGCCCCUGUGAUAUCUUUUGAACAGGUGGCUGCACCCUCACCCUUAAAUGCAGCCGCAGAGGUGAAGAGCGAAGUGAUGCACCCCGAGGCGUCCAUACCCCACAAGGCGCAGAGGUCACAGCUCACCCAGAGCUCUGAUGCUAAGGAAAAUUUUGAAGGACAUGAACUUGUUAAUUCAAAUCAUGUAUCACUGCAUGAUGCAUAUAAAAUGGUGAUGCGGACUGUCGACCACAUGUUGGGUUCCGUGUGCCAGAACUUUGAGCUUGGUGGCUACUCUCAGCAUAAGGAUAUCUGGCCCAUCAUCAUUCAGAUAGACAGCUGA